CAGCCUCCCGACGAAAAUUCACACCUAAUUAGUCUUUUUUCUGUCAAGAUUCAAAAUCCUAUGUCUUUAAUGUCCACAAAUAGAGUCAAAGGCUUAGUCUUCAAAUUAUUCGACAUCUAAAUAGCUUUGAUUAAGCCCGCGACAUGUUUUUAACAUAAAUAUGUUCGAACAGAAAAGAAUUGAAGAACAAGAUGUAAAGUAUUGUAGCAUAAAACGAAGAAGCAAAAAACAUCUAAAAAACAUAGAAGAAUAGAUGUGUUCGAAUCUUAACCAAACUAACAGGAGAAGUUGGAGAUUUGGAAUAUUUAAAGUCCCAUGAUUUGCGGUUGAUGAUCACAACAUCUUCUCUUCCCGUUUCCCCCCAGACUCUCUCACCAUGUUGAUGCCUGUACAAUGCUCGAACUGCCAUAAAAAGGUGCAGCUACUACGGCCAGGCGAAGCCCCCGUCUACCACCCCAUAUGCCGGGUUGCCACCUAUACAGCCCCGUACUCGUAUUCCCACCACUGCCCGCCUCAUCAACCGCCCCUCCUCACCCUGCCUCCACUCCCGUACAGCCAAAUACCACCAGGGACACCUAUGUUGGCUCGAGGAUGCAAACGAGCUGUGAUAUGCGCUGUGUCGUAUAAGGACUCCAAGCAUGAGCUUAAGGGCUGCAUCAAUGAUGCAAAAUGUAUGAAGUAUUUGCUUGUCAAUCGGUUCCACUUCCCGGAUUCCUCCAUUCUCAUGCUCACCGAAGAAGAAACUCACCCAAAUCGGCAUCCUACCAAACAAAACAUAAUAAGGGCUCUGCAUUGGCUUGUGCAAGGUUGCCAACCAGGAGACUCCUCGGUGUUCCAUUAUUCCGGUCAUGGAAAAAGAAAGAGGAACUACACCGGGGAUGAGGUGGAUGGAUAUGACGAAAACUUGUGUCCCGUGGAUUUCAAGAGUCCGGGACUGAUUUCAGACGAUGAGAUCAAUGCAAUGAUUGUAAGACCUCUUCCUCGUGGGGUUAAGCUUCACACCUUUAUGGAUGCUUGCCAUAGCGGUACUGCUCUAGAUUUAGCAUUCCUUUGCAGGAUCGACAGAAGUGGGAGAUACGUAUGGGAGGAUCACCGCCCUCCAUCGGGUGUUUGGAAAGGAACAAAUGGCGGGAAGGUCAUAUGCCUCAGUGGCUGUGAUGAUCAUCAGACCUCUGCUGAUGCUUCAGUACUUCAAAAUUCUAAGACAACUGUAAAACUUAAUCACUUGUAA